AGGAACUGAACGGGACAAGGGCUGGACAUAAUUAGUGAGGAUCUGGGUAAUGAUGCAAAUGUUGUCGAGGUUACAGUUUUCUUGAACUCACGAUCAUCGACCACUCACCACUUUUCGUUCAGAACAAGCUCUCAAGGCGCCUGACAGUGAACAUAGGUGAUAUUGCAACAUGUCAAACCAAGAGAAGACGGUCGCAUUUAUUGGCCUAGGCGUGAUGGGCUACCCUAUGGCACUCAAUCUGCGCAAAGGUCUCGACUCAUCUUAUACACUGCUGAUAUGCGACGUCGUGGAGGAUGCGCUGGCGCGCUUCAUUCGAGAUGCUGAAGGCCACGGGCCUGUAGAAGUGAUACGCAAUGGCUUCCAAGCAUCGUCGAAAGCUGACAUUGUAAUCACAAUGCUCCCGGACUCCAACGCGGUGAAGAAGGUUUACCUUGAUCCAUUGGAGGGUAUCAUCGCAGGGGCUGUAGACGAUCUGAGCAAAUCAGCAGCCCGACAAAAGAUCAUCAUGGAAUGCGGAACCAUCGAAACAGCCACCAUUCUUGAGGUCGCCAGAGCGACUGAAGCCUCUGCAGCUCAUUCAAACCUGCACUUUGUUGAUGCGCCAGUGUCUGGCGGACCGAUGGGUGCUCAAGACGGGACACUUACCUUCAUGGUGGGUCUGAAGAGUGCUACGGUCUUUCCUACGGUGAAGCAAAUCCUCUCCCAUAUGGGCAAGCAGGACAGCAUCUUCUUAUGCGGAAAUGUUGGCGCUGGAACCGCCUUCAAGAUCAUCAACAACUAUCUCUCCGCUAUAACAUCUCUGGCAGCCUCUGAGGCAUUCAACAUCGGAGCGAAGAUGGGUUUGGACCUCAAGUUGCUCACCGAUGUGAUCAACGUCUCUGGCGGGCAGUGUUGGGUCACGAGCAAGAGCAACCCGGUGCCCGGAGUCCAGCCCAAUGUCCCCAGUUCUCGAGGAUAUGAAGGGGGCUUCCGGAUUGAAUUGUGCGCCAAGGUCUUGCAAAUGGGUAGCGAUUUGGCAUCAAUGGUCGGUGCAAGAACGAUCCUAGAUAAGCCGACGUUGGAGGCAUUCGAGGAGGCGAAGAAUGAUGAGCGAUACAAGGGGAAGGAUGCGCGGGUAGUGUACAAGUGGUUGAACGAGAGUGAGCGAAGAUGA